AUUUGUGCAAGUUGAGCUCUAAACUCCUCCUGUGAGACGAGCGGAUACAUGUGUAUGUGCAACACCAAAGGAUGUGGUCGGGUUUGAGAUGAGGAAGAAAGUGAGGAGGAAGGAGUGCACCGAACUCUGACGAGCUUUCUGCAAACAACUCGUUUCAAUUUUCUGAAACAGAAGAGACGUGUGAGAGGUGUUAAUUUGGAUCAUUUCAAGCUUUGAGAAUGUGUAAUUUUUCUGUGAAGAUGCUUUGAAGACGGAGAAAAGAUGGAAGUGGAGGAGUCUUGUGAAAUGAGGACUUCCUGGUCUCCAUUGCCUGGAGAGACACACUCCAUCCCCUGUGACCAUGCUGGGAAGAAGAGAAAACAAGAUCCGUUCUCCGAACCUGUGAUCAGAAUCACGGAGGAUGAUGAGGAAGAUGAAGAGGGCGAGAUGAUGUCCGACCACAGUAGAGAUUCAGAGGAGCCCAGUAAUAAAAGGGUCAAACCUGUGGUAAAGUCCAACAGCCUAACAGGUGUCAUCACCCCGGUGAAGACCCCUGCCCUGAAGCGCAUUGGGAUGUCCAUUUCGAGGUCUAUCAGUUUUCGCACAGAGACUCGACCUUUGCCCCCGGCUCCCCUACGCUCUCGCACAAAGGCCUCGUCGUAUCCACGGAGACGCAACAGCCAAUGCUGGAGCGACACAGUGGAGAGUCAUGACCUCACUGCAAAGGAGAUAAAACGACAAGAGGUGAUCUAUGAGCUGACUCAGGGUGAGAGACAACUCAUCGAGGACCUCAGUCUGGUCAAGAAGGUGUACUAUGAGCCCAUGCUGAAGUUGGACAUCAUGACCGAGAGUGAGCUUGGACAGAUCUUUGGCACACUGGACUCUCUCAUACCGCUCCAUGAAGAUUUUCUGAGUCGUCUUGAGCGGCUGAGGGGAACAGGGAAGACAGUCGGAGAGAUGGGGCCUACACUGAUGAAGUGGUUCCCCUGCCUGGACUCCUAUGUCACAUACUGCUGUAACCAAGUGGGGGCCAAAGCCCUGCUGGACCAGAAAAAGCAUGAGAAAAGAGUUGAGCACUUCCUGCGCUUGUGUCAGGAGUCUUCGUUCAGCAGGAAACUGGACCUGUGGAGCUUCCUGGACCUCCCUCGAAGCCGUUUGGUCAAAUACCCCCUGCUGCUGAAAGAGAUACAGAAGUGCACGCCUCCAGAGCACCCGGACGAGGACACACUGGCCGAUGCUUUGGAGCUGAUCCAGGGCAUCAUAGCCGAGGUGAACAAGAAGACAGGAGAGGCAGAGUGUCAGUUCUACCGGCGUGGCCUCGUCUACCUCGAAGAGAGUCAGAGACUAUCAGAGAUCCAGCUGUCCCGCUUCCUCUACUGCCAUGGAGAGCUCAAGAACAACAAGGGCCAGCGGCUGCAUGUCUUCCUGUUUGAGCUGGCUUUGGUGCUGACCAGGCCAGACAAAGAUGGAGGUCAGAUGUUCCAUGUGUACAGACAGCCUCUGCCCAACGCACUGAUAAAUCUGGAGGAGAUCCCAGAUGGGGAGGCUGGUGGAGGGGGAGCUUUCAGGGGAGCCUUCAGUGGAGGAAAUGAUAAAGUGAAGAACUGUUUCCGUGUGAGCAGCAGAGGGCGCUCCAAAGCCCACCCGUACAGCCUGCAGGCCAACGACUCCUUCAGCAAGCAGCAGUGGAUCACCUGUCUGCGCCAGGCCAUUGUCCAGUCGCGAGACAGGACGGCCCAGACCAGCCAGUCGCAGCUCUCCCCUCACCAUGAUCCCGCCCUGUAUCACAUAGCCGAGCUCAGCCUCAGCUCGGACACAGAAAUGGCAGAUCAUACCAGUCGCUGACUGUCAGACUGAUGAUCAGGAGGCCUGAGUGACCUCAGAUCUGUUCAUUAACAUUGGACACAAUAAAAGUGGACUGUGUACGAAAAAUGAUUGUGCUUAGACACACAUGUAGAGUUUUCUACAUGGAUUUAGUCUUUUCCUGCAUUUGCUGAUGGAUUCUGUGAUUGUGGUGAUGUUUACUGUACAGUUUGAAUAUUACGGUAUUACUGAAUGUGAAUUUACAGUGUAAAAUGUUUUUAUUGUUUGUUUUUGUUAAAUAAAUAAACUGACACUU